UUUGAGAAAGUAUAAGGUUAAGAUGUUGGCCAGGCGAUUCCCUCGGAGACUUUUUUGUUCAAAGCCCCCAUUUGGAAGUGAGUCAUCUGUCCGGGACCUACUAGACAAUGCUGCUACCUUUGAAGACAUCAAUCCGAAAACCCCCGAUGACGAAUGGUCAACGCUUCCGUAUCCAAAAGGCACAUCUUUCCGGCAGAGUCAGGCGGCAAAGUCCCUGAGACCAAAAAGAGAUCCCAGAACCACCUCGAUUAUUGUGUUUCCGGGUCAGGGAGCUCAGUUUGUGGGCAUGGGAAAGGAUCUGGUGAAAAUUCCAUCAGCAAAGGAUAUUUUUGAUCUGGCAAGCGAGAUUCUCAAAUUCGAUGUCCUUAAAGUUUGUUUGGAAGGUCCAGCUGAGAAACUAAACAGUACGAGAUACUGCCAACCAGCAGUGCUUGUGGCUUCACUAGCAGCUCUGGAAAAGCUCAAAGAAGAACGUCCGGGAGCCAUUGAUGAAUGCUACGCGACAGCUGGGUUCAGUCUUGGAGAAAUUACGGCUUUGAUAUUUGCCGGGAGUAUCCCAUUUGAUCAGGGACUAAAACUUGUACAGGUGAGAGCAGAAGCCAUGCAACUGGCCAGUGAGGCUGCAGCUGGCGGGAUGGCAACUGUUCUCUAUGGACCAGACUCAAAAUUGGGUCAGGCGUGUGUAAAAGCCAAGGAAUGGUGUAUUGAACGUGGUGAGGAAAAUCCCGAAUGCCUCGUGGCAAACUACCUCUAUCCUCACUGCAAAGUUGUCGCCGGAAGUGCUGAAGCUCUAAAUUUCCUGGAAAGCAAUGCUCGGGCUUUUGGGCUUCGUCGGGUGAAGCGUCUUCCUGUCAGUGGUGCCUUCCAUACGCCCCUCAUGGAAGCAGCUGUUGAACCCUUCAGAAAAGCCCUCAAUCGCAUCGAGAUAUCCGAUCCCCUGAUCAGUGUCCACUCGAACAUUGACGGGCAGCGAUACAGAAAUGCCGAACACAUCCGGAAGCAGUUGCCUAAGCAAAUUGUGCGCCCCGUGAAGUGGGAGCAAACCCUCCAUAUCCUCUACGAAAGAGCUCAAGGAGAAUAUUUUCCACGCACCUUUGAGGUUGGUCCUGGAAAAGCUCUCACCACAAUCCUCAAGCAAGUCAAUGCCAAAGCCUCUGAUCAUGCUUACAAUGUAUCUCCGUAAUUUUUUUUUGUAAAGAAUAAAGUAGGCUUUUUUUUAAA